CCCUUCUUCAUAAAUUGUGGUGACUGGUGUGUACCGGCGACAGCCGACAGCGAUAUCUGUCUUUUUAUCAUGCAGCAAUGAAGGUCAUUGCCCGACAGGGACGGAUGGACGACAGAGACUAUGAGCCCGCCAGACGGCACGCGUCUGUGUCAACCAAGCUGGAGACUAUACGCAUUAGAGCUGCCGGGUCAAUGCAGCCCGCAGGACGGUACAGUCAGAUCCUGAGAGGAAGUGUCAAAGGAGCGAUUAGGUAUUUCCAAAUCACGCACCCGACACCAUCGAGCCGCGUUAGCCAACCGGUCAGCGGCGGUCGGCGAGGUGCCGGUCCGCGGGGGGCCUGCCGGCCGCAGGACCGACCUGACCCGCUCCACUCCGGGAUCAUUGACACGAGCCUCUGCGGCACGACGGCCAUCGAUAGCCGAUGGAACGCAGUCGAUCAACAGAUUAGACUUGGUAAGCAGCUUAUGCUGCAGCCGGUCGUCAUCACAGCGGAGGCAAACCGGUGGGACGGGCCGCCUCCCCGGCCGGCCAGGCUGCUGAGCGGACGGACGGACGGGCGCCACUCGCGGCCCGAGCUCAGAGAUCGAGGUGUCGCGCACUGCCGUCUCCCCUGCCGCCGUCACGUGCCAUGUGGUCUCCGAGGGAGGUGCGAGCCGGCCCGCCGCCGCUGGUGCUGCUCCUUCUGCUGCAGUCGGCGACUCUGGGCACCUGCCAGCGGUACCGGCCGCUGGUGCCUCCCAGCGUGUCUCUGGGACUCGGCUCCGCCUCCGGACCCGUCCCCACACAGGGUCUGGGCGCGGCGCCGGGUCCUGUCACUGCCCCGCUCUCAGAGACGGUGGAGCGAGGCACGGAGUCGGCCAAAAUCCAGACCAACGACCCACUGUGCGGCCUGGAGCCGCGGCGGAAGCGACAGGCGGGGCCGGCGGGAGGAGAGCCCAGCCCGCAGCCUCCGCUCCGGAUCGUCGGAGGACUCACCGCCGAAGUCGGACGCUUCCCCUGGCUGGUGGGCGUGACCAAUUUCUUCAGCACGGUGCCGUUCUGCGGCGGUGCCAUCAUCAACGAGCGCUUCGUCGUCACAGCCGCCCACUGCCUGCGAGGCCGGUCUCCAAUUACGCUGGCCGUGCUCGUCAACAAACACCUGAGGAAGGAGGACGAGCGACAGAUCAAGUUCGGCAUCGAGAAGAUCAUCCGACACCCCGAGUACAGCCGAGAGACGCUCACCGACGACCUGGCUCUCCUCAAGCUGAAGGACAGGAAGGGCCAGCUGCACGAGCUGCUGGCGAGCGGCACCGUCCGGCCCAUCUGUCUGCCUGAGGAGCCGUGCGAGGGCACCGGCCGGCCGGCCUGCCUGCUGGAGCGAGCCGUCACCAUCGCCGGCUGGGGCUCGCUGGCCGAGGAGGGCGCCAAGCCCACCGCCCUGCAGUUCGCCACCGUGGAGGUGCUGCCCAACGUGGUCUGCCGCGACGCCUACCGCCGGAUCAACAUCACCGUCAACGACCACAUGCUGUGCGCAGGCCAGCGCGACGGCGGCAGGGACACCUGCCAGGGUGACAGCGGCGGUCCGAUGAUGCUGGAGAUUGACGGCAAGAUCACCCUGGGAGGCAUCGUCAGCUUCGGCAAGGGCUGCGCGUCACCCGACUACCCCGGGGUCUACGUUCGAGUCUCAGAAUUUACCGAAUGGAUCAUCAACAACAGCCGCGUCUGAAGUCGUCAGCCCCGAGAGAGGCGGACAAAAGGAUGUCUGUUCGGCAUACGACGGAAGCCCCAACGUGCCACUUUAUGCAUCUACGACCGAUCAUUCGCAUUCCAUUUAAUAUUGGAUCUGACCCAGAAGACCAUGAACGCUCGCGUUUUUGCGAUCGAUAUCGAAAUAAAUGUAAAACUGAAAC